UGGCUUCUCGGGACCACCUGAACUCACGGCUAUGGCCCCGGCCGCCGCCAGCCCCCCGGAGGUGAUCCGCGCGGCGCAGAAGGACGAGUACUACCGCGGUGGGCUGCGGAGCGCGGCGGGCGGCGCCCUGCACAGCCUGGCGGGUGAGGGCCGGGCGCGGCCGGAUGUCCUCGCAAGCGGCCCAGGGGGAGUUGCCCCUCAUGGAGGCGGGGUGUCCACCGUGUGUGGUCACCGUCGCCUGGGCCCGUCCCACCACGUGGGACCCGGCAGUCUCCUUCGCCUGCCCUGCGGCCAUUCAGGGAUGUGCGGGGCACCUCUUGCCCUCCCUGCCCAGGUGGCCCCAGAGGCACAGGCCGCAGACACCGCGGGGGACCUGCGUGGGCCUCCAGUUCCCGCCCCAGCCCUUCCCGUCCCCAGGUCAGGGCAGGUCCAGCUGUGGCCAGCGGCUGGGGAAGGCUCUGUCCCCUCCAGGUGCGAGGAAGUGGCUGGAGUGGAGGAAGGAGGUUGAGCUGCUCUCAGAUGUGGCCUACUUUGGCCUCACCACACUUGCAGGCUACCAGACCCUGGGGGAGGAGUACGUCAGCAUCAUCCAGGUGGACCCGUCACAGACACGUGUGCCCUCCUGGCUGCGCCGUGGCGUGCUGGUGACGCUGCAUGCCGUCCUGCCCUACCUGCUGGACAAGGUCCUACUCCCCCUAGAGCAGGAGUUGCAGGCUGAUCCUGAUGGUGGGCGCCCUUCGCAGGGGAGCCUGGUGCCAGGCGGGCGUGGCUGCUCAGGGGUGCGGCGCUGGGUGCGUCGCCACGCGGCCACCCUGACUGAGCAACAGAGGAGGGCGCUGCUGCGGGCGGCCUUCGUCCUCAGACAGGGCCUCGCCUGCCUCCAGCGGCUCCAUGUUGCCUGGUUUUACAUCCACGGUGUCUUCUACCACCUGGCCAAGAGGCUCACAGGGAUCACGUACCUCCGUGUCCACAGCCUGCCCGGAGAGGACCUGAGGGCCCGUGUUAGCUACAGGCUGCUGGGGGUCGUCUCGCUGCUGCACCUGGUGCUGUCCGUGGGGCUGCAGCUGUAUGGCUUCAGGCAGCAGCAGCGAGCCAGGAAGGAAUGGAGGCUGCACCGCAGCCUGUCUCACCGCAGGGGCUCCCUGGAGGAGAGAGCCGUUUCCAGAAACCCCCUGUGCACCCUGUGCCUGGAGGAGCGCAGGCACCCGACAGCCACGCCCUGCGGCCACCUGUUCUGCUGGGAGUGCAUCACCGCGUGGUGCAGCGGCAAGGCGGAGUGUCCCCUCUGCCGGGAGAAGUUCCCUCCCCAGAAGCUCAUCUACCUGCGGCACUACCGCUGAGCCGGCGCCCAGGUGGGCCUGGACACAGAUGGCUUCUACGCAAGUCUGAACGCCAAGAUUCAGUCUCAAGAUGAACCCUACUUGCACAGGAAUGAGAACAUUCUCACAGGUUUUCUAUCGUGUAAGAUACUAACCCAGCCACCCCGGGAGAGAACAGAAAGCUGUCCCUGACUCUGCUGUCUCAGCCCUGGGAGGGGCGCUAACCCCAACCUGGUAUGACUCAGCCACUUCUUCAGGAAUUUCACUUAUUUGGACAGGAUUUUAGGUUUCCCUCCCUUCCCCAAACCAUACAGUUGAGAAGUAAUUCAGAAGUAGGCCAGAAGACACUUUAUUCAUUUAUAUUGUGAGAAAAUGGUUCCAUCAGGCUUGUGUUAAGGCAAUGGACUGAAUGAGUGCAUGUUGAGUUGGGAUGGGGCACGGGGCCUGGCGGUUUGCUUCAGCCAGUGUGGUGAGAACAGCAGUCCCACGGCCCCCAUCGGAGGCGGUCAGGCUCUUCCCCAGAGUAGCUGGGCAGAGAGAAGCCAACCAAGGUCAGCACCUCCGUCUGAAGCAUUUGGCACACACCUUCAAAACACAUCAAGGCUGCUUCCAGUUUCAGAAAAUAGAAAUCUGCAUCUCAGGCCUGACAUGCACACAGAGCUCUCCUCCUGACCCAAAUGCACUCACGUGCCAGGUCCUGGGGGUUGGGGGGCUGCCGGGGCGCCCAAGCCUUCUCCUGGGGGCCCGCUGGGCAGGCAACCUGCUGACCCAGCGUCACUGCUGUGCUCAGCCCCUCAGCUCGGCCCCAGCCCAUUUCCUGCCUCCAUUUGACAUUUCCAGGUUUUCAAAAUUGUAUUUAACCUGUGCCAGAGACUUCACCAUAGGCAUCUUUAAUAAACUAACUCCA